AUGUCUCUCAAAGCAGACCUCGACAUCGCCUACAGCGAGUACCAGAAAGCCGCCCCAGCAGCAGCCCUAAACACCUUCGCCACCGGCCUCAAAGACCUCCACGACACCUUCGACCCCACCAAAGCCAUCCAACCCGGCCAGAAACUCCCUUCGUUUACCCUCCAAGACGCAACCGGCAAGCCCGUAUCCAGCACCUCCCUCCUCAGCACAGGCCCGCUGCUGAUCUCCUUCUACCGCGGCGAAUGGUGCCCCUUCUGUAACCUGGAGCUGCGUGCUCUGCAGAAACGUCUGCCCGAGUUCAAGUCAAAGGGCGUGGCCCUUGUUGCCAUCUCGCCGCAGCUGCCGGAUAGUUCGCUCUCUGUUGCCGAGAAGAAUCAGCUCGAGUUUGCGGUGCUUUCGGACGUGGGGAACAAGUUUGCUAGGGAGUUGGGUAUUGUUUGGGAGCAGCCGGCGGCGUUCCGCCCUAUCUUGCAGGGGUUCGGUAUUGAUUGGGAGAAGAGUUAUGGUGACCAGAGCUUUGAAGUUCCGAUUCCCGCUACUAUACUUGUUGACGGAGAGGGCGUUGUGAGGAAUGUCUUCACCGAGACGGACUAUGUGAAGCGGUUGGAGCCUGAGACUGCGCUUGAGUGGGUGAGCCAGUUGUAG